UGCUGCGUUUGCUUCCAAAUGUGAUGCAUUUCAAUCUUACGGCAGGUUCAAAUUUAAUUCUAGUUGACUUCCUUUCUCUUCUUAAAUUUGAUAAUCGACAUCCACUCGUUUUGUUCAAGCGGUAGGUAACACCUAGCGAGUUACUUUUCCUCGCCACCAAAAUGAAAUCAUUAGCAUUGCAGUGAGAAGAACAGAACGACAAUAAUGAUGCCUGUCACACAUGCUCCCUCGCAUCCAUCCACAAGAGUAAUUUCAAAUCCGGAAAGCCUAGACACCCAAUCUAAAUACAAAUUAUCAUGACAACACAGAAACACAAAUUGGCCGAUCAUUUCUUUCCACCCCGACCUCGUCCACUAGUGUUCCUUUUGUUAGUGCUGUUGUUGUUUUUAUUACUUCCGGCCUGCGAUUUCUUCCCCAUUCCUUUCGUUGCUUUGGUCACAGGGGAGGGAAUGAAUUGCAUCGCGACCUGGAAACCGUCCGGAACGGGGCACCCGGCUUGCUCCAUGCCCUUGAUGGCGGCCAUCAGCUGAGUUUUCCUUGGCUGCUUUAUGGUGACAACGGCCGGGGCCUCGGGCGAAAUUUCCACGCUUUUCUUGUUGGUAUUAUUCUUCGCCCGCAGGGACGAGUUGGGUGGCAGCCUGCCGCCAGUUUUCUUUUGCUCGGCCCUCUUCUUGCUCUCUGACGUCUUUCGGGACUGGCGGUAGACCUCCUUUUCGAUCUCCAUGGCCGACGCCUUAGCCUUUUUCUUUUUCCCACUGCUAGCGUUGUUUUUGGCUGCUCCAUUUCCCGCCGUGUUGCUCGCUCCGUUGCCCGCUCCGUUGCCAGCUAAUCCACGUCUCGCCUUUAUGGCCGCAGCCCUCUUGGCCCGGCCCGUUGCGAUCGAGCGAUCGGCCAUCGCUGUUUUCUUGUUUUUUGCUUCGAUCUUGCCGUUCUUUUUCGCGGCGACACUCUUGCCCGAAGAGGCCUUGGCUUGCUCCUUGCGCCGAUCGGAGAUUAUUUCGUCUGUGGUGGUUCAAGACAAAUAAGGCGGAACGAAACGGAAUUGCGCAGAGUGCAACAAAACCAAUAUUAGAGAGAAAUAAUGUUGACACGCAGUA